GAGAAGUUCCAUUCUUCUGGAAUCAGCACAAUUUAGGGUCCACAACUAGUAUCAUGUUGGAAGUGUGAAGGACACACUGAGUGCCUAGUGAUAAAUGAUCAAGAUUCCUGAAUGUAGAGCUUGCCAUUCAGUAGUUAUUUAUUCAUCGACAUUCACGGCCUUAAAAUUUGGCGAACUGUCUGCGUAGACGUGCAAGUGAUCAGCACUCGCUGAGUGGUUUUCCCCGCGAUCGCAUGACCAACCGUGGACGGACUGCUCUUCAUCCGUUUUAGCCCAACACCACCAUCGUCACCAACGCACAUCGCCAAAAAGGAUCUUGUUCCAUUGCGGUCCUGUCCUUUGUAACUCAUUUAUUCCUUUGGGGUCUCUUUUAUGCUUCCUGUGCUGUGUGUUUUCCAGAUCGCGUGUUUCCGAUGUCACAUCUCUGAUUUGUCCUGAUGCCGACACCGAGUGACAAUACUGCACAAUUGACCACGAGAGCGCUUGCCGACGAAGAGCCCACCAUCACGCAUACAACGUGUCCGCCAGAGAUAAUAAGAGGGCCUACAUUCUCGGUCGCGCCGGAGGAGCGUAUCGCCGACGAGCAUGAUGUCGUAGACGAGAGGAUCGCCUCGGCCGCAGGGUCGACUGAAGACAGACCAUCGAGCGAUGCGACAUCAUUGGCAAUAGCCUCAAUGGCAGACUCGUCUAUUAAGAUGGCAAACCCGGAAGAAGAUGCGGCUAUGACGUCCCUGAGCCCUGCCAGCGCGCCUUCAGAGAGUAGAGAGGACCAGACUAUCCAAUCUAGCCCGACCGUUUCUCCGACGUCAUCGGUCGCAUCAUCAACAUCUGUAUCAUCCUCGUUCAACUAUGAGUUUUCCAAUAUUCGACUCCUGCCAAAUCAUACGUCCUCCUUUCUGCGAGCCGGAAGCAAGUUUGAAGGCACUCAACAAUCAGAUCACCAGGUUUAUAAGGUAGACGUGGAAAUUAAACAUGUUGAUAUGGCGGAGUCAUAUCUAUGCGGCUAUCUUUGCAUCCAAGGACUUACCGAGGAUCAUCCCACAUUAACGACCUUUUUCGAAGGAGAGAUUAUUGGCACAAAGCACACAUUUCAGACUAAAAAUGAAGCUUGGGGGGCUAAUGAGAAAACUGACAUGCAACACUGGGCCCGGUUUGAAGCGUGGAGACCCUUGGCCAAGCAGGCAAAGAAGGAGGGUUUCACGUACCGGAAUAUCGCUCAGCGAGAACACAUAUUCAUGCGUUGGAAAGAGUAUUUCCUUGUGCCAGACCAUCGAGUUCACCAGAUUUCUGGAGCAAGCUUUGAGGGCUUCUACUAUAUCUGUUUCAACCAGGUGCAAGGAACCGUCAGUGGUAUCUAUUUCCAUGCGAAAAGCGAGAAAUAUCAACAACUUGAGCUCAAGCAUGUUGAAGAUCAUGGCUGCACGCCAGCAAUCGAGUUCCGCUGAAUAUUGGUCGCAAAGUUAGCCAAUGAUUAUCUUCGAUAUCUUUCUUGUAUACUCAGCGGUGUAUGGGUAGAUAUAAAAGACUCAAGCCCCCCCGCCUUAUAUAU